AUGGCUCAACUUGCUUUGGUUGCUUGUUGCUUCCCAAUUAUCCGCAAGGCAAUGCUCUUUGGAAAAUCUCAAGCACCCGUCCAAUCCAGUAAGAUGGAAAUGAUAUACCAUGGUUACCCCAAUACAAUUCUCUGCUACCCCCAUCUGCCUGGAUUUCCCCUCAACCCCCACGUACGCUGCCGUCUAGCUCAAUAUUUCCACACCAACUACCAAGAAUGGACUUUCCAUGCUUGGUUGGCAUUCAUUCCUGACUGUGCUGAACGCUGGGGAAAGCUCCGAAUCCCAGAAGGUGAUAGCGUUUGUUGUGCAGCUGUUGUCAAUCCUCUCUUGUUGUACGGCAAGCGUGACUCCUCUUUUUACAAAUUUCAAAGGGAUUUGAAUGAAAACUUUUGUAAUCAACCUUGCAACAUGGUCAAUGCGUUUGGAUAUGGACGCCUUGACUUUAUCAUUGCGCUUACGCUCCCACGCAGCAAGAAGUUCAAGAUUGACAAGCCAACACUUCAUAUAUUGGCGCAUAUAACUGAGGCCAAGGGUGCAGAGGGCAAUGCAGCAACAGAUUUUGUCUCUUUUACACAGUUUGGCCGCUUGAUUAUUCUUGAUGUCACAUCAGUUCAGAGGGUUGUUGGCCAAAUUUACACUAAGGGCGUCAAGGAGUUAGGGGAGUGGUAUAUCAUUGACCGGACCCUUGACUGUUGCGAAACGGUAUUUCAUCCGGCCAAGCAUCCAUACGACGACGAUUAA